GUAGAAGAACUGUGCAUCAAGUGCGAUUUUCUAUCUAUCUAUCUAUCUAUCUAUCUAUCUAUCUAUCUAUCUAUCUAUCUAUCUAUCUAUCUGUUUUUUCUGUCUUUCUGUGUCAAUCUGUCUGGCUGGCUGUUUGACUACCUACGUGCGUUUUUACGCAUGGCACAUGUUCUUCUACAAAUCGUAGGUAUCAAUGAAGACUCGAUUCCCGCCCAUUUGCCGAAGAGUAAAAACUUUCGAAAGACCCCCCCUCUGCUCCUCCUCCCCUUCACUUUUUGGAGAAAGUAAACAGCACGGCUCUACUCACCUUAUCGCUCUCCAGCAGACGCGUGACCACGUUGCGCUAUCCAUGGUAUCUAACAAAUAAGCCGCGGGCGAGAGCUGAGCCAGGAGCGUUCGUGGCGUGUUUGUUCUCCAGAUAUGCAGGUGGACAACAGAAAGCAAGAGUCUUUUAAUUCACAGGGAACACAGACAGGAUGAUAUACAGUCACCUGAGCCGGUAUUGGAGGUUUAACGUGAUUGUCUGCGCCAUGCUAUCAGCUUCGAUCGUGCAGAGCGCACAGUAUUUCGAGAAAAAGGGUAAGACACAGUCUGCGCGGCUGUCGUUUUUGACUUGAAUAAGUAAGUGGCAUAAAUUGGAAAGUGUAAGAGUCUGAUGUGUGAAAAAUAUUACUAUAUAAAAAUAACCUCGGAAUGCCCUCUUUUUACUCUUAGUUUACCAUAUGAAAUGUGAUUGGUUUAUGUAUCAAGGGAAACAUUUGAGUGCUUGAAAACUUUUGGUUGCUCUCACAUAUAUCUGUUCCCCCCUAACUUCACAUCUCCAGUGUCUAUGCUGUUGAAAGAUGUGCCAGAAAAUCCCAAGUGCUUCGCUGAGGAGAGGAAAGACUUCACGUGCUUCUGGGAAGAAGAUGAGGAGAGGGCCGGAUCUGUGGAUCAGUACUCUUUCACUUAUACCUACCAGUAAGUCACUUUCAAAAUAUACAGGGCUGAAAAAAAAUACAUGGAGACCAAUGAUUCAGUAGUUCAAAGCUAUGGUCCUUAUUUGUGUUCAUUUCUUUUUGGCCAUAAAGAAAAUCUAUCAAGGUUAAUUCCCCAUUUAAUAAUGAGUUUAAGGGUCAAUUUUAGGAGUAGAGAAUUAAAUAAAAGUUAAAUUAAACAUUCAGUCAAGACAGUAUCUUGUUGCAAAUAAUGAUCUCACUUUAAAAAAUUAAAGAAGAAAAACAUUCAAGUCCUCCCUUCCUCCUAUCUGAUGAGUUUCUGUUCUUCUCUUCCUUGAGCAGAAAUGAAAAGAGCAACAGGUGCCCACUGAGGACCCUCCGUGCAGUAGGCGGGAAGAGGCUGUUCGUGUGCCAUCUGAACAGAACCCAGAUGUUCGUCCAAAUGGACAUACAAGUUCACCGGGAGGAGAUGCUCAUCUUUAACCGCAGCCUUCUCGUAGAGCUUGUCUGUGAGUUAUUGAGUGGCUAAAACAAAACCUCAUUCAAGAGCACAGAUACAAGAGUAGUUUAACAAAGAUUUAGAAAUAAUGAGUUUUACCCUCACUUUGAUGGCAUAUGCAGUUCUAAAUUAUAUUCCCUUAAACCACCAAAAUAUUUGUAUGGAUUUCAACAACUGGGUAAAGCACAACUUAGAUGGAAAUGGGCUUCAAACUUGGUAUCCCCAAAGGCAAACUUGGUUCUAACUGUAGAGUCAUGUACUAUUGGCACCCAUUUGAUGAAAAUAACAGAGCAUCUCACAAUUGAACUACUGUUCAAAACAAGGUGACUGUUUGACUUUAUCAAAUUGAAACAAGCAUAACGCUAAUCUGACUCUGGAAUUGCUAGAUAGAUGUCUUUGCGUCAUGUUUUGUUGGCCAUUGUGGUUGAGAGAAAUUGCAAGUACAGAUCUAACAAAAGUUAGUCAAAGAUGGACGUGAUACCAGGGUAUUUCCAUGUGUAUUAAACUUUAAGUGUGAAAACAAAUGUUCUCUUCAGCUGUGGAAAAUUCCUCACCAACAAGCUGACACUUGUUUCUCCAAAUGACAGUUCUUCUGGACCCUCCAGCUAAUGUGACAGUGAGCCGCCCAGGUCAGCAAGGCCAGCUCAAUGUCAGCUGGGUGCCUCCCCCUCUCAAAUACAUGGAUGACAGCAUGAUGUACGAGGUCAGCUAUGCUACUGCAGACAGCCACAUGUGGCAGGUAGGAUCCCUGAAUAACACAACAGGUUACAUUUUCUUGUGAUCCAUUGGUCAGCACUGAGCACUGCUCUGUUUUUUUAGGUUGAAGUAGCAAAAGCCAGCUCAAAAAUGAUCCUCAGAGGCCUGCAGUCAGGUACAAAUUACAAAGUGAGAGUUCGCGUGAAGCUGGAUGGGAUCAGCUACAACGGCUAUUGGAGCGCCUGGAGUGACCCUGUGUACAUGGAAACGCUGCCUGAAGGUAAAUACUGAUUUAGACAUUGGAUACAAAAUGUGACAUACCUGCACAGGCAUGUCCUGACAUCUUUUGUAGAUAAUAUGCAGACCAAUAUUCACCAGCAGGCACUGAUUUGACUUCUCUUGUUUGGUUUGUUCCCACUGUUUUUCAAUGACUGUUAUCGUGACGUGUCCUCCAGAGCUCGACCUACUCAUCGUGUCGCUGACUAUCAUCAUCUCUUUAAUCCUCGUUGUGCUGUCGCUCACUUUACUCCUGUACCAUCGCAGGUAAGUCCACCAAGAAACAAAAGGCACACUGUUUUAGUUGCCUGUCAGAAUCUUUUGGUAAUGUUCAAACAUUUACAACUUUGUUCUUUGCAGGUUUCUCGUAAAGAAGAUUUGGCCAAAUAUACCGACGCCUGACGGCAAGUUCCAAGGACUUUUUUCAGUCUAUGGUGGGGACUUUGAGGUAAGGAUAAGACAAAUGCACCUUAUUGAAGUGUAUUUUAAAAUCCAUCCUCUCUGUGUGGAAACCUUCCAUACAACAUUACAAAAGCUUUGUUUUCCUAACAGGUCACAAUGCUUUAAUCAUUCUUUGUCGUGUUUUUCAGGAGUGGUUGGGACAGUCCAAUGGAGGUUUGAGGUUGAUUACAGCUGUGUUAAGCUCUGAAGAAAGCCCUUCCUCCCUGGAAGUCCUCUCAGAGUUUAGCCUCUUACUGUCUUCUCCCCCUCUGCCACCAAAGGCCUCUAGAGCUUUGAUCUCAGGCAGAGAGAAUGAUAGGAAUGGAAAGAAAGGAAUGAACGGGAGACAACAGUUGGAAAAAGGUGAUUCAGCUCCGACAGAGGGAUGGAGAGCUCCACAACAUGACCAAUGGCUGAUGGGCUGCUUACGGGCACUCCACCAGGAUAGCUCCCAGUCCUCUCUUCUGGAGUCUCAAGAUGCUUAUGUCACCCUCAAUGCCAAUAACUACAGCAACGAUGAUCACCUGAAUGACAUUCUGGAGGAGACGUCACCACUAGGGGUGCUCUUUGCCUCUAGAAAGACAGUAUCCUGUGAAUCACAUUCUGACCUGGGAUCUGUUCAGCAGAGCUCCGGUUCAGGUCGACUAUCAUCUCAGUCCAGCUUUGAGUACCCAAACCAUGCCUGGGUGCCCAAAGGCCCAGGAUACACCUAUAUGGCUGUAGCAGACUCUGGAGUUUCCAUGGAUUACAGCCCCAUGAGCAGAGCUGAUGACAUUGGAAAAAUGGUUAUCUACGCCAAUGACUACAAAAACGAGAUCCCUGCUCACAGGAGGCCGUUCCUUCCUCGGCAGCGCCCUGUACACGAGGAUGACAGCUGAGGAGGACAGCUGGACAUUAUGGACAUGGACUAUGCUUUAUAGCAGGCUCUGUUAUGGGCCUCUGAACUAAAACCAAAGCUACAUUAACUUCUGUCAACUGUUAAGAAAAGUAUUUCAAGAAUUCAGGUAAGAGCUUAGAGGAUGGAGCUCGGGACACUCUAUAUUGUUAGUUUUUAAAAAAAAAUCUCAAAAAAGCAAAAGAAAAUUCUGAUACAGCUUAUUUGUAAAAAUACUGUAGACCUCUUUUUCCUGUCUACAGCUUUGUUAGCACCUGUGUGAGGCUAUACUAUCGUUGUGUAAAUGUAAUUUCAGAAUGAUCUGAACUGUGAGCUUCUGACUUGUAAAUAUUGUCAACUCCACUUUCAUUUUUAGAUCCGACUUAGGUACUGCAUUUCCUGAGACUGUUAGUAUAUUGAAUUUGGCAUUCUACCGACAUACUUUAUAGUUUCUGAAAACAUAGUGCUGAUGAGUCAAGCCAAAACUGUAGGUCAAGAGAUUCAGUGUUCAUUUCAAUGUGACAAUGUCAUUUGUCUAAGGUGACGUGCAUUUGGGAGCAAAUGCAACACAAGCAAAGAUCUAGAUAGAAAAAACAACAACUCCAGGAAGUGCAAAAAACUGCUGUAAGUACAAAUGGACAUAGUGCUGUCAUAAAGUAAAUAAGGGAAUGCAUUUUGUUUCUUUUUUUAAAUUGAUGUAUAGACUCCAUCAAUCCAUCAACCAAAGGGAACCACAAACCAAAUAAAGUCACAAUGACACUGUCAUCAUUGUCAUCAUCUAUCGUCAGGUGCACCAAGUGCAGAAAUGUUCACAACAAGUUGGGCAGAGUAUGUUGAGGAGGAGGAAAGGAACAUUUGUUUCAGUCAUUCUAUCUCUGGGGACAACAGAGAAGAAGAGCUGAGCUUUAGUACAUAAGUGUUCUCUGAAGAUCUGAGUCCUGAGAUUUUCUUAAAGGUGUAAAACAACUCUGAGGGACAACAGAGUAGAAGAGUCUGGCUUGUGACUUGGAUGCCUUGUCUGGAUGGGAGAACCAGGCUCCUUUCAGUGGCAGUGCGUAACGGGCAUGAGGGACUGCAGGUAGACAGGAGCCGAUUUGGUUGCAGUUUUGGAGACAAGAAAUAAGAUUUUAUGUUUGUUGCAAGCUGCUACCGGUGGCCAGUGAAGAGAGAUGAACAGCAGAUCAAGCUGUCGUUUUGGGUUCGUUGAAAUUGUUGCAUUUUGGAUCAUCUGGAGAGGUUAUACAGUGCACACGGGGAGGCCUGGCACAUGAACCUUAAUGAUUAGUUGGUCAUCAGUCAGGACACCCAGAUUCAAACGUGGUUUCAAGAGAGGGGCCGGCUGGAAUGAUGAGAAGCUCAGUUUUAGACAGGGUGCGCUAUAGGUGGAGUUCCUUAGUCCAUUUCGAGAUAUCACUGAGGCAUGUUGAUGUUCGACUUCAGUGGGUGUGUCAUUUUGAGGGAAUGACAGGAAGAGCUUGGUACCAUCGGCAUUGCAGUGUUACGAGAAUCCAUGAGAUUGGAUUAUUGCACCCAUAGCCAACUCUGUAGUCACUAUAUGACAUGAUGGCGGCAGAUUUACUAUCUAUGUGACAUAUUAGCGACUCAGCUCUGUUUGGCAGAUAAAUGCGAGGUGCAUGAAGUGUGGUGCUGAUCAAGUCCUGGAUGUGAGCUUUAAACAUCACAGUUCACAGUGUUAAUAUGCAAAUGACUGUUAAUGAACAUGUCUCUUGUAGUUAUUUGACCAAAGACUGGAACAAAUUAAUUAUUCAGUCUGAUGAUUGAUGCGAUAAAAAUCUGGGUACCAUGCAGUAUAUUAUGUUACAAAACUUUAAAACACUAUGGCUAUACAACCAGCAUGGAUGAAUACAAAUAAAUCAAACACUAAGUUAUUAUAUCACAAUAAACAUGUACAGUUUUUUUCCCUACAUGUCAAUUAGUCAAUUUCUUUAAAAGCCAUCAUUAAAUUGAGAGUUUCUACUGUUUGCCUUUGCUAUUUUUUUGCAAGAAGUUGAAAUUGAUUCCUGAGGUUCAAAAAAAGAAGGGUUUUCUCUUAUGAAAUUUAAUAUUUCAAAUGAUCAAAUGUUGUACAUAUAAAAUCACUGUGGUUCUAUUAAAGGAUUUCUAAAAAGGAAA